ACUUGUGAGCAAACGAUUCAAUUAGUUUAAAAUUUCUUCUAGAGAUACGUAUAUAUCUUACUAUUUCUAAGAUCGACCAUUCAUUUAGCGAUGAAACCAAUUUUAAUAUUUGUUUCAAUUUGUGCCUUCAUAUCAACUGCUUUUGGCAUUGAUUGCUACGACUGUGAAUCGCUUAGUGAUCCGCGCUGUAAUCAAUAUUUCGAUCCUGAUGGCGUGAAGCAAACAGAUUGUAAUGAAGCGGAUAUGCCAAUAUAUUUGCAUAAAUACGAGCGCCGCAUACCAGGUACCGGCUGUUUGACGAAGGUAUUUACACCAGUGGAUGGCCGUCGUUUCUAUAUACGUCGUAGCUGUUAUUUUGGUGAUCCAGAAAAUAUAGACGAAGCUUGUGAUACACCCGAUCCAUACGUACCCUGGGCCACUUUGAUUUCAUGUACUGUCUGCACCGAAGAUCUUUGCAAUAUUCACACGCCACUGAACGGAGCCCAUCAGACAACGAAUGCAUGGUCAAAACUCACAUUGAUCGGACUAACUUUAGCAGCAAUGACUUUACACUUUAUGUAUAGACUUUAUAAUUAAAAGCGC